UUCAGGCUGCUCAAACUACUCUCCUUCAGACACAGAGAAACCAGAUCCAAGCCAGACAGUGUGGACAUGUAAAUCGAUUUAGAACUAAACCAGCUCAGACAGUAACCCUACAUAGAAUGGUAUUGGAGGAAAACCAGUCUACAAACAUGGACCAGUUUAUUUUAAUGUAGCCUAAUGAAACCAGAAGUUCUGACUUCAGUCACAUCUACCAGUCGUCGUGAGCUGAAAGCCACAAGGUGUUCUAGACUACCUAGCUAACCCAGGAGGCUGCUGGAUGAGUGGUCACCAUGUCUCCCUUCUUACGCAUAACCUUUAAUGCGUUUGAUGUGGGCGUCUUGCCACCCCUGACUGACGCUCCCUUCUGUGCAAUUAAGAUGAAGGAGUCCCUCAGCACUGAGCGGGGGAAGACCCUAGUCCAGAGGAAACCCACUAUGUACCCUGCCUGGAAGUCCCCUUUCGAUGCCCACAUCUACGAGGGCCGUGUCCUCCAAGUGGUUCUGAUGAAGACCGCAGAGGAGCCAUUGGCCGAGGCCACGGUGGGCGUGUCCGUGCUGGCUGAGCGCUGUAAGAAGGGCAACGGCUGUGCUGAAUUCUGGGUAGACCUGCAGCCUUCUGGGAAGGUUCAGAUGGUCGUACAGUUCUUUGUGGAGGACACAGACACAGCAGCGUUUAAGUCGAACGUGAAGGGGUGUGAAGAGGAGGACGGGGCGAUGACACUGACCCGAAGGAGAGGAGCCAUGAAACAGGCCAAGGUCCACUUCAUCAAGAGCCAUGAGUUCACAGCCACCUUCUUUGGACAGCCCACCUUCUGCUCUGUCUGCCGGGAGUUUGUCUGGGGAUUCAACAAGCAAGGCUACAAGUGCAGACAAUGCAACGCCGCCAUCCACAAGAAAUGUAUUGAUAAAAUCAUCGGGAGGUGCACAGGAACAGCAGCCAACAGCAGAGACACUAUGUUCCAGAAGGAGCGCUUUAAGAUCGACAUGCCGCAUCGCUUCAAGAGCCACAACUACUUGAGCCCUACCUUCUGUGACCACUGUGGCAGUAUGCUCUGGGGAAUGGUCAAGCAGGGCCUCAAGUGUGAAGACUGUGGCAUGAACUCCCAUCACAAAUGUGAGAAGAAAGUGGGAAAUCUCUGUGGAAUCAACCAGAAACUCCUGGCUGAGGCCCUGAACCAAGUUAGCCAAAAAUCCACAAGACUGUCUGAAUCCAACAACUCUGAGUCAACGGACAUUGGAAUCUACCAGGACUUCAACAAAAGCCCAGGAGUGGACCCUAGUGAAGGCUAUGAGAAGCUGUGGGAGGGAGGUAAGGGCCCUGCCCCAGCCAGCAUCACCCCCAAGACCCGCCUCACCAUUGACAGCUUUGUGUUCCACAAGGUGCUGGGCAAGGGCAGCUUUGGCAAGGUCCUGCUGGCUGAGCUGAAGGGGCGAGGGCAGUACUUUGCUGUGAAGGCCCUGAAGAAAGAUGUGGUUCUGAUGGAUGAUGAUGUGGAGUGUACCAUGGUGGAGAAGAGAGUCCUGGCCCUGGCCUGGGACAACCCCUUCCUCACACACCUCUACUCCACCUUCCAGACCAGGGAACACCUGUUUUUCGUGAUGGAGUACCUGAAUGGAGGAGACCUGAUGUUCCACAUACAGGAUAAGGGUCGCUUUGACCUCUACAGAGCCACGUUCUACUCAGCAGAGAUCAUAAUUGGACUGCAGUUCCUCCACUCCAAAGGAAUAAUUUACAGGGACCUGAAGCUGGACAAUGUGAUGCUGAACAGAGACGGCCACAUUAAGAUUGCUGACUUUGGGAUGUGCAAGGAGAACGUGUUUGGAGAGAAUCGGGCCACCACUUUCUGUGGGACGCCGGACUACAUCGCACCAGAGAUCCUGCUGGGACAGAAGUACACCUUCUCCGUGGACUGGUGGUCGUUUGGGGUACUGGUGUAUGAGAUGCUGAUUGGCCAGUCGCCGUUCCAGGGUGAUGACGAGGAUGAGCUGUUUGAGUCCAUCAGGAUGGACGUGCCUCACUACCCUCGCUGGAUCACCAAAGAGGCUAAGGACCUGUUGGAGAAGCUGUUUGAAAGAGACCCCAGUCGCAGGCUAGGUGUGGUGGACAACAUCCGUGGCCACUCCUUCUUCAAGACCCUCAACUGGCCUGCCCUGGAGAAGAGAGAGGUGGACCCCCCCUUCAAACCUAAAGUGAAAGGCCCCAAUGACUGCAACAACUUUGACCGGGAGUUCCUGAGUGAGAAGCCCCGCCUCUCCCACACGGACAAGAACCUAAUCGACUCUAUGGACCAGACAGCCUUUGCAGGCUUUUCUUUCAUCAACCUCAAGAUGGAAUGCAUUAUGGACAAAUGAAGGCACAACAAGAUUCCCCCAUCUCUUCGUUCCAACCGCACCAUUAUAAACGCAUAGGAAAGGGAGGAGGGGGAAACCAGUGUUGCAUUUAUCUCUGUGGUGGUUCCUUCAAUAACGGUGUCUUUAUUUUCCUUGGGAUCAAACCUUGAAUCAAUCCAUGUACUGUACUUUAUCCUCCAACAUACAUCAACACACUCAUUCACACACACCCCAUAGCUCAGACAGUUGUUUAGUAUUGUCCAUGCUGGGAUGUCAGGGGUCAAAUGUGGCUCUCUCACACACCUGUGUGCUCUGUAUGUCACUCUUUCCCAUCCCAUCAUUCACAUAAUUGUUUUGUGUGUGUGUUUUUACUGUCCUUGUGGAUACCAGAAGUCCCUACAAGGAUAGUAAAA